AUGCUACGUUUUCCGAGACGUAAGGCAUUUGAGACUGCAAAAUUUAUGAGCGGUGGUCUUGUCGAUGACCCUUUUCGCGGAUGCGAAAGCUCAGGUUUCGCUGCCAUCCGAAUGGAUAGGUUUAAUUAUCCAAGUUUGAGAAGAAAUCUCCUGGGUGCGUACGAGCUCUCCACGAUGUCGACAGCGCCUGUCGAGGUGGCCGAAGAGGCCCUCGAGAAGAAGGUCGAAGCGAUGAAGAUCGUCGAUGGGAACAAUAUGGAGGUUAAGAAAGGAACCACCACCACAGACGGCAAAAGCGAACGUCGCGAGCGUAGAUUUGCUCGUAUGACGGAUGAACGCCGCCGUAUUUGGGAGGAGGAGCAGAUGACUAAGAAGGUGGCAGAGACCGGUCUCAAAGAUCAUGUGAAAUGGUAUUCCGUCCUUGACCAUUACGGUUUUAUUUCGCGCGCCGACGGCAAGCCGGACAUCUUUGCGCAUCAAAGUGCUAUUUCGAAGUCACAAACUGAGAAGUUCUACCUGCGUACGUUGGCUGAUGAAGAAGAAGUUGAAUUUGAUAUCGUUGAAGGACGUAAGGGUCCUGAGCAUCUAAUGUGA